CCAGGUUUUGGCGGCACCCAAAUGUACCAAGACGAAGUUAAUCAUUUGAAAAUGUUUUUUAUCCACACUAUUAGUUAACCUAUAACAUUUACAAAAAACAUGAGAGGGAAAGUAAAAAUAAACAAUGGAGAUAAUGUGGUUGCCCAAGUGUAAACACCCUCUUCUAAGCGGGGAUGUGGCUGUCAAACUUGCCACGAUUUAAAGUGCCUCUGAUCAACUCAAAAUGAAUUAUAUGUACAAUUUUGUCAGACUCAAAUAAAUGCCCCUCAAAUAAUAAUAAUGUCAGUUCUAUACUACUGCUAAAUACGUGCACACAAAUAAACACGCCAUUGUAUUGUUACUUCUGAGGUAAAAAAAAAAUUCAAUAAAUAAAAGAUUCUCACAUACAGUAUAGUUAUCAUUACAAAGGCAGAAUGUGUGAUUUUGUACAUCACAAUUUUGUGCAGAUGUGACCAGCGACUGCAAGAAAAAAGUAAACUAUAGAUUUAUUCGACACUGGCGCAAUACCACGGCUUAUAAGGCAGGGUUCCAGAAAAGAACAUGUUAACAGUGCGACGUGGGAAAUGUUCAUCAGAUUUAGGACAGUCAUCACAACUGGCACUGCGACAUGCAGCAAACAGCUGUUGUCAUGGAAACGCAAUGUUCUGAUCUCAUGCAACGGAUCCCAACAUGAUUUCUAUAAGCGGUAUAGAGAACAAAACACCUUUGAACGGGGAAGAGGAUUAAAUAGGGAGCUAUUUUAACAAGCAUUAGAAUGGUGGGAACAUGGCUGCCGUUUUUAGAUGAACACUGUCCUACUUCGAGUGGCAUCUCCUCGCUGAUGCUCUCAUUGGGAUGUUGCUGGAAUGUACUGGCUCACACGUGCUUAGGAUCCACUUCAACAUUGUGCAGAUCGCUUCCGAACAGCUUGAAAUAUACAGAAGUCUCCAAUGAAUUUACCGGCAGCACGUGACGCUUAUUAGAGAUGCCCCGUUCAAAUCGACGAGCAUGUCACACAUCUCGAAAUGAAGGCGAGAACUUCACUUACUAACUGGUGUGACUGUGCAAUUUCAUUUGAAUGAAUCUAAUUGGGUGUGCAGGAACAUGGACCCUGAUUGCGCUCUCUCUUGUGGUCUCUUAAGGAAACUGUCCUUGGUGCUGAAAGGAAUUAUGCCUACCACUUCCCUUAAAGGGGGGCAAGGCAACCGAUUGUAGUUUAAGUACACUAUCACAACGUAAUGAAAUCCAGACGUAGUGAACUGCUUUGUAUCAUAUCAUACCUGUACGAUAUAUUUGAAAGACAGCGCAUACCACGGCAGCAAGUAAGCACGGUUUGCAGAAGAUUGGAAAAUGAACACUGCAUUUCUCGUUCUUUGUCAAUGCAGACGUUUCAUGCAGGCCUUGUUUGGACCUUGCCUUACAUAAUCAUUUUGCAGCCGAGCACCAGUGAAAGAAGCUCUGUCAAGUUAGGAUGUAGCACAGAUAGGCAACCCCAUUCCCACCUGCAGUCUAACGCGUCGUGGGAACACGUUUCUUUGCACGGUGCGAUAUUCCGGUGUUCAUUUGAAUCCUUAAUGAUGUACCUGUUGUUGUUGUUGUUGUUGUUUGUAAUCAUCCGUACCGUGCGACUAUAAUGAGCUCCAUCAAUUGAUAAGACUUUGAAAUGCCGGAUGAUCACUUCGUGAUGCAGGCAAUAGGAUGUUGUAUUUUAACACGCACGCUGGCUAAUUGGGCUGUUCGGGAAAUGAUUGUUCAGGCAGUCUGGGAAUCCGUAAAAACCCUAUCUGAUGUUUCUCCCUGGCAAACGCACCAGAGGCAACGCGCUACUUCUGCUUUGUGGGGUCCACCACGGGCGCCUCCGAUGCGAUGAUGUGACCUGACAGUCCGGGGCCUACCACUGACAGUGAUCCAUGCGGAGCGAAGGUUGUGAUUGUCAGUGCAAUGUCCAACCGGUCGUCGUGCGGUAGGCUGCACCGCAGAAUGGCUACCGGCAAAAUUAAGCAUCCUCGCGACUUCCCAUUCGUCACGCUAAUGAUGCUGGCACUGAUCAUUGCAUUCGUGCCAUUUGCAUAACAGCGACCUUGCACGACACUAUAUGUGUAAGUAGGACAUACAUUAUGGUCAUUGGCAUUGUAUUUUAUUUGAUAGCAGCUUUGCUCAUUGGUCGCGCGCGAGGCGAGGAAGCACCCGACAUCGCAUUGGCUCCUUGGGAGGAGAGAGAUGGGUGGUGAGGGGGGAAGCCGGAGUCUGGGUGCGCGCAAGGGUGGGAUGAAGCAAUGCGAAGGUCAAGUCGUCGGUAUUUAUUGCGCUUUCGUUCCGCUUCGGGGUUUUUCAAAAUAAAUCCUACAGGCGGGGAAUUCACCUCGCAAGGGACGUCAAGAAGUCACGUCGAUGUUCACUGCGCGAGCUACAGAAGACGAGAUCAGACUUCUGCCUCUUAGUCGACAUCUAAUUUAGGAGGGUUUCGUCGAGCAAGACCGGAGUAUUUUUCUCCCUGUCGCGCAAAUACGCCGUUUUAUUUUGAAAGGGUACUAAGGGCCAUUGUGGCUGCUUUUACAGAUCUCGCAGCUCCCACACCCGUCAGCAGCGCGCACUGGCAACCCAAAAAAAAAAAAAAGGCAUCACGGACAAAGGAAUAUGGGCGAGCUGGAGAGGAUUUGCCACCGCCGGGUCCGACAAUGGAUGAGCGACUUGUCUUUCAUUCAGCCGGAGUCCAUUUAGCCCACCUUAAUGAGGUGCUGGGACGCAUGGUACUGGCGGAAGGCUGCGUUUAAUCCUGUGAGUUUGCAAUGGCUGUUGCGGGGACACGCAACCGGCUGGGGAGCAACGUGCCUUUUUAUUAUUUUGUCAUAUUCUCCUUGUUUUGUGGCCUUUCCGUCGGACAGUUGCGCUAUUCUGUGACGGAAGAACUGGAAAACGGAGCGCUGGUCACCGAUCUGGCGUAUGACUUGGGGCUGGAUAUUCGAAAGCUGGCCAGCCGCAAAAUCAAGGUAACCUCCAGCAGCAGCAGUAAACGCUACGUGAUUGUCAACCCGAAAAAUGGCAAAAUGCUUGUUAACGAAAGGAUCGACAGGGAGGCGCUGUGCGACGUAUCCGGCAGCUGCCUCAUCAAUCUCGAGGUCCUCGUCGAAAAUCCUACCGAGGUGCACCACGUUGUGCUGGAGAUCGUGGAUGUCAAUGAUAAUGCGCCACAGUUCCCUCGGGAUGAGUACCAAGUGGAGAUCACAGAAUCGGCAUUGCCGGGGUCCCGGUAUCCCAUUGAAAAUGCCCAGGAUCCGGACAUCGGGUCCAAUUCGGUGCGUUUGUACCAGCUGAGCCCAAACGAGCAUUUCGCGCUGGUAUCCAACAAACCCUCCUUAAAUACAAAGCACAUCGAGCUGGUGCUCAAGAAGCCCCUGGAUCGGGAGCAAACGCCUUACCACCAGUUAAUUCUAAGUGCCGUCGACGGCGGGACACCGGAAAAAACCGGCACGGCGAUCAUCAACGUGCGAGUGUUGGACUCGAACGACAACGUUCCCAUGUUCGACAGCUCUGUGUACAAGGUGAAACUGUCGGAGAAUUCGCCCAAAAACACGCUGGUCAUCAAACUGAAUGCUACCGAUCUGGAUGAGGGCAAGAACGGAGAGGUUUACUACUCUUUUAGCAGCUACACUCCUGAGCGAGUGAGGCAGAUGUUCGGCAUGGACACGAACACAGGAGAAAUACGAGUAAGCAGAAAUGUUGACUACGAAGAGACCAACUCCUACGAGAUGUACAUCCAAGCGAUGGACAAAGGCCCCGGGGCAGUGGCGGCACACUGCAAGGUGGUGGUAGAGGUGGUGGACGUGAACGACAACGUCCCUCAGAUUGUGCUGUCGUCCCUGUCGAGCCCGGUGAGGGAGGACGCCCGCGCUGACACGGUGGUGGCCCUCAUCAGCGUCACCGAUCGCGACUCCGGCGCCAACAAGCAGGUGACUUUAGAGAUCCCGGCAGGCCUUCCCUUCAAGAUCAAAUCAUUCAGAAACUACUACACCCUGGUUACCUCAGCGUUCUUGGACCGCGAGACCACCGAUGCCUACAACGUCACGCUGAGUGCCACGGACGGAGGAAGCCCCCCUCUUUCCUCUCAGAAGACCAUCCGGGUCGACGUGGCCGAUGUCAACGACAACCCACCGCGAUUCGAGCAGACAUCGUAUACGGUCUACGUGACCGAGAACAACGCCCCCGGGGCCUCUUUGUGUACGGUGAAAGCUCAAGACGCCGACGUCAAGGAGAACGCUCGCAUCACCUACACGGUGCUCAAUGACAAUAACCACGGCAUCCCCGUCACGUCUUACGUGUCUGUGAAGGCCGACGCCGGGGAGGCCUAUGCCCUGCGAGCCUUCGACUAUGAGUCACUGAGAGAGUUUCACUUCCAGGUCAAAGCCCAAGACGGGGGCAUUCCUCCGCUUAGUCGCGUCGCCACCGUCUACAUCUACAUCAUGGAUCAGAACGACCACGCGCCGCUCAUCGUCAGCCCUCCGGGUAAUGGCACACGCUCCUUGGAGACGGUUCAAAAGAACGCAGAUCCCGGAGCUUUGGUGACCAAAGUGGUGGCGUACGAUGCAGAUGCCGGUCCAAACGCCUGGCUGGCGUACGUGCUGGAGACCGCUACGGACCUGGACUUGUUCAAGGUCCACGAACACACGGGUGAGAUCAGGACCACUCGUAGGAUCCUGGAGGACAACUCCACCUCGUUUGCUCUGACAGUCUUGGUGAAAGACCACGGGCAGCCUGCGCUCUCCUCCACUGCCACCAUCAAUGUGGCUGUCAUGGAGGUGCCCCCCAAGGUUGUCCCGGACCCCAAAAGGAUCAUCAGACCCCACAGCACCCUGCUUUUCUCAAACGUGACGCUGUACUUGAUUGUCGCUCUGAGCGCCACCACCUUUGUUUUCCUGGUCACCGUGGUGGUGCUGGCCAUUGUCCGCUGCCACGCUUAUUGCACGCAACCUGGAUCCUGCUCCCCUUGCUGUGGCUCACAGAAACCCCCUCCAGAUGGUGGGAACAGUAGUGUGAGUGCGGGUGGAGGAGGGGCCGCUGGUGGAGCUGCAGGGCAACCUAAUAACAACGUGGUACUCCGGAGGGACCUUAAAGUCGAGCCUCACUACAUUGAAGUGCGCGGGAACGGCUCGCUCACAAAGACCUACUGCUACAAGACCUGCUUGACGGCCACCUCCGGCAGUGACACCUUCAUGUUCUACAACACAGGAAGGCCCAUCAGUGGCACCUGGGGCAGCGGCGCUGACCGCUUCUUCACGAGCGGAAGCGGAUUUGUACGCAGGCUGAGCAUGCCGGAUGCCUCACUUCAAAUCUGCCCAGAGCCAAAAGCCCCAAAUGCUGACUGGCGAUAUUCUGCAUCUUUGAGAGCUGGCGUGCAGAGUUCAGUCCACAUGGAGCAGGCCUCUGUGGUGCAGGGAGCCCAGGGCAUGCUGGUCCAGAACUGGCCUACUGUGUCCAGUGCUGCAGAUGGAGAGGGCGGCGGCGAGCUCUCCCCUCCGGUCGGCGCCGGCGUCAACAGCAACAGCUGGCACUUCCGAUACGGAGCCGGACAGAGCUAUUGCCCGCCGCAGGGCCUGAAGCCUGGCGGGAUUCCUCCCGAAGCCUUCAUCAUCCCCGGAUCCCCGGCCAUCAUUUCUAUCCGCCAUGACGCCGACCCUGUUGACAAUAAAGGGGACUUCAUAAGCUUCGGCAAGAAGGAGGAAGCCAAGAAGAAGAAAAAGAAGAAGAAGGAUAAGAAGGAAAAGAAGGAGAAAGGAGAGGAAGAAUAAAGAGGGGUGAAUUGAAGCUAUUGAGAUGCCAUUCUGAUUACAGAGCCAGAAAACAAGCCAAAUCGAUCUCGGUAGAGGGGAGUCUCUUUGCACCACAUGCACAACAGUACAUAUACUAUAUUUACAUUGUACAGUUGCCAAUCCCUGGCUCUCCGCACAUCGCAAACGUGCUUAAGAAAUGCUCGCUCUCUCCCACGGCUCAUUUGGCCUUCAACUUUGACCCGGAGAAAAUAAUUCCAUUCAAAUGUACGUCCGAAAGGAAUUUGACAGGAUUGGUGUAACCUGCGAAUUUCCUCACUCCCACGUUUGUAUAACGGAAACUAAAAUGACCCCCCCCCCCCAAAAAAAAAGAAAGAAAAGAAAAGGGAUUUGUAUUCAACUAUUGUCAGCAAAGGAUGCCUGUGCUGGCACCUUAGAAAUAAUGCACCCCGCCUUCUCAUACUGUCUCACCGAGCGAGGCAUGAAGUGAAAGCCAAACUGAAAAAUAUGACUUUGUCUUGUCAGUAUUAAGUGAACGUUGUAGAAAUUCAGCGAAUGUGGUCUUUUCCAUUUCAACAAAAAAAGUCAUGUAAACAUGAAAAAGAAACAACUGAUAUGCAGAAAGUGAGAUUCUCACCUUAAGAGUAAAAAGUGACCGAGACAAGAACAUCAACAAAGUUCAAAUGCAGCAAUCUGUCAGUAUAACAGAGCACAUUGCCAAGGUUAAGCAGGACCUACCGUCCGGGUUGCAACAACUCAAUGAACUUUGUUCCCGGGUCAACGUCACAACUUGUUUGAAAUGUACUACAUUUGACUGUACUGUGAGAUAUUUAUUAAGGGGCAUUCUAAGGCUCUUGCUCGUUUUAGCAUUAGAACGUUAAAGAAGAAGAGCCAACCAGGCAACCAGAAUCAGUCUGCUACACUGUAAAGAAAUUGGAUUCAUGGUUUGUCAAUAGUACAUCGCCCAACAUAGGAUAAGACCGUAAUAUAGGCUUUUUUAUUUUUUCUUAACCCGUCCGCAACAAAUCACAACGCUGCUGAGCAUUUUCUAAAGUUCCCCAUUGGGAUAUUUCUUAAUUUCAAAUGGAGUCCAUCAGGCAUUUGCCAAGUUCCAGUUUGGUUUUGGUCAAACUCAACAUUGGUUGAUGUAAGAAAAAGGAUGACAAAGGAAAUUUGUCCACUAGUUAUUUCGAAAUGCAGUAUAAUGUAAAUUCCCCCAAAUAAUAAUAAUCUUAAAUGUUGGUGAGUGCAAUUAUGCGACUCGGCAUCAUUUGCAUCAGCUAUCGGCUUCCCUAUUAUGUUGUUGCCUCUUGUCGUCUGUUGACAAAAUGUGCAGCUGAUGCAACCGCCCCCUGACCUUUGCCACUCUCCGUGCAAUGCGGCACAACUCCAACGGGGUCAUCUUAAUCCAGUUGCGCACCGUCAUACUCAAUCCGAGAAACACAUUAUUAUCGUAAACACCGACUCCCCGAUAUAAACGUUCCGACAAUGUUUUUUUCUUCUCAGUGCUGCAUAUGCAACCUGCAAAAACCGGGAAUAUGCACCCUGUUCUUGAAGCUCCAAGUCCGAGGGUCAAUGGCAUUCUUAAUGACGAGAGUAUUAUUAGCCUGAUCCCUCUUCUUCUGUCUUUGAAUGUUAAGUAGAUGUUCUUCAAGCUCAUCGCCACCGCUUCGACUGCUUCAGUGCUUGUAGGACGUGCUUGCCCGCUGCUUGUUUCCUCGCUCCCUUCUCCCGUCCACCCGAAUCGACAUAGUCGGGAUUAACAUCUGUAAAGUCAUUCCCCUUUAAAUGGACUGUGCGCUCAUGUCAUGUCAUGUCUUUGCAUAUUCAUAAGCAGAGGACACUGUGCUACCUAUUGUCAAAUGUCAAAUCAAUUGACAUCUGAACAUCCGAAUAGUUGGAAGUUGGAAGGCAUUUACCAUUAGCACCAACAAGAGUUUGAACAUUAAUGUUGACUAGGGUGCAGUCGAUUGAAGUGAGUCCACAUGCAAAAUACUUAUUUUGCAUUUGCUUGAUAACGGCAAAUACGCAGUAGGGUUUUUUUUUUUUAGCUGUUUUGCUAGUGUAUAAAACAUUUCUAAAAAGAUGAACUUUAUUUUGCCCUUACUGAAGGAACCUGGGUCUAGCAUGGAAGAAAACGUGUAGUUUGAGCUGAAGGCAAUGCAACUGGGAGUCUCCCAUGUGUGUCGCCGUUGCUUUUCCGGAAAGCUCCUAUUUCCAGUCACAGCUGUAGGUGCUGCUGUCACGCUCCAAACCAACCAUGCUCACGUUCCCUUGGCCCGCCCGCCCGUCCGUCAGGUGUACUUCUGUGCUCUCAGAUCACCAAGUGUUUGCAUGUUAUAAGCAAAAGGAAACAGAUAUUAUCAAAAUACUAUAUAUACUUAUACCUUUUUUUUUUUUCACUGGGAAGUGUGUAUUGGAAACCACAAACCUGAAUACACAUCCAUGCACACACAAUACAAACAGUAAAGCAAUUUGUGGCAAAACCUAAAACGAUCACAUUUUUUAAUCCUGUAAAAAUAGCAUUGGAUCAUCUACACAGUAUAUACAUGAUCCCAUUGUGUUAUGCUAUGAAAUGCCUUUUUUUUUUUUUUUUGCAUACGGUUUUCAUUGGUAAGAAAAUGGACCCUUACUUGUGUUAACCUUUGAAAUGAUCAAACAAACACUGUUGUGAACUCAUGCGCACACCCUCCAUGGUUAUUCCUUGCUUAAUGAAGACAAAAGGUUGAAAAAACAAAAAAGAGAUAAAAUGAAAAAAAAAAAAUGUGAUGUAUUCUCUGCUCGUGUAUAGUGAAUAUUUGUCGGUCACCGGGUGUGACGGUGGGUGGCACAUGCUAGUUGACUGUGACAGUGCAAAUCUGUUCAUAAACUUAUUUUGUACACCUGCUUAUUGUUAAGGUGAUAAUAGUGGUUUUAAUGAGUUCAUCAACCUGGUAUUGUGUUUUGUUAAUAAGUCACAAAUAAAGUUUUUCUUAAAUAUCUCAAA